GUCCCAACAUCCACCAUGUCAUGCUCAUGUCGUCGCAGCCAGCAAGCAUUCCAUAUUUCCAUUUGCAGACUCUCCACUCCACGUGGUGGCUCCUCUUCUUCCGAUAAUAGGACAACAGAGCAACCGACUAACCGAGGAGUAAACAAAUUUUACCAUUUUACCGUGUGUCCCUACCCCACUAGAGGAGAGGAAGGCAACCCAAUAGUAAACCUGUGAGCCGCCGCCGUAUCACGGGCGGUUACCACCACCUCAGCUCGCUGCCUCCGCCGCUCCGCAUCCUCCUCCCUCCUUCGUCCUCAGGGAGGGUCAUCGACGGCCGCCGCAACCAGAUCUCCGACGAUCCUCCUCCUCCUGCUGCUAAUACAUACCGAGGUGAGGCAUGCCCAGGGUGUUCACAAUGUCGAAGGCGACAAGGAUCACAGUGCCUACAUGAAACCAGAGUUCUUUGAUGCUUGCGUCACUCCUUUGGGCUGGAACCAGGUCGACUGUCUACGAGAGCAUGUGAAAAAAAGUGGACUUGCAGAAAAGAUUGAGCUUGUUAUUUGUUCCCCUUUACUGAGGACUAUGCAGACUGCAGUGGGUGUUUUUGGUGGUGAGAAUUAUACUAAUGGAAUAAGUGCACCUCCACUAAUGGUGGAAAAUGCUGCAGACAAUGGACGUCCGGCAAUCUCAAAUUUGAACUGCCCACCAUUUCUUGCUGUCGAGACCUGCAGGGAGCGCUUGGGUGCCAAUCCUUGUGACAAGAGGAGGAGCAUAACAGAGUAUCGUACUCUGUUUCCUGCCAUUGACUUUUCACUGAUAGAGAAUGAUGAAGAUGUUCUUUGGGUACCGGAUGUCAGAGAAACCUUUGAGUCACUAGGGGAGAGGGGCAGGAAGUUUAUCGACUGGUUAUGGACAAGAGAGGAGAAAGAGAUAGCCAUUGUCACCCAUAGUGGUUUGUUGUGGCAUACCUUACGUAUGUACAGCAAAGAGUGUCAUCCUACUGUAAGGCAUGAAGUGAGCAAGUACUUUGCAAAUUGUGAGCUCCGGUCGUUGGUGCUGGUUGAUAGGAGCAUGCUUGGAUCAGAUUCCCCCAGUUACAAGUACCCUUGCAAGAUCCCAGAUGGUGUUGAUCUGCCUAGCGAUGUCGCUGACAAGAAGCAACUUGAGGAGGAAGCUCAAGAGAGAACUGAGCCUGUCUGAGGCUCGUUUCGUGUUUUACCCUGAUUCCUUGAUUCUUUUGUGAACCCAUCUUGACACCUCCCUAGUUGCAUUCAGUGGAAGCUAAACACCUGCAUAUUGGACUGACCAUUUGUUAUUACGUAUGUUUCCUCUGAAGUUCACUGAAAUGAAAUGUUCUUUUCACUUCUGGUGAUGAGAUUUUUUUU